CUCGCCGCCGCCACCUCCCGGAUCGCCUCCCUCGGGCGCGCGGGCGACGCGGCCGCAGCGCGCGCCGUGUUCGACGCGAUGCCGCGGCGCGACGCGGUGGCCUGGAACGCGAUGCUCACCGCCUACGCCCGCGCCGGCCGGCCCCGCGACGCGCUCGCUCUCUUCGCCCGCGCGCCCGCGCCCGACGCGUUCUCGCUCACCGCCGCGCUCGCCGCGGCUGCGGCGCUCCGGUGCCACGCCGCCGGCGCGCAGCUUCACGCCCGGCUCCUCCGUCUCGGCCUGCGGGCGCCGCUCCCCGUGGGCAACGCGCUCGUCGCCAUGUACGCCAAGUGCGCCCGCGCCCACGACGCUGAGCGCGCCUUCCGGGAGAUGCACGACCGCAAUGCGCUGUCCUGGUGCUCGCUCCUGCACGCAUAUGUCGCUUCAGGCCACUUGAGGCUCGCGCAGGAGCUGUUUGAUGAAAUGCCUAGCAGAAACAACGUCGCCUGGAACACGUUGCUUAUGGGGUAUUCACGCAGUGGCAAUGCCAGACAGUGCCUGAUUCUCUUCAACAAGAUGCAGAUGGCGGGGCUUACCUGUGAUGAUGCAACACUCUGCAUUCUUGUUGAUGCUUGCACCAAGCUAGCCCACCCAUCUACUGGCUUUGCAGUUCACAAGAUUGUAGUGCAGAAUGGCUGGAAUUCAAUGGCCGAGGUCAGUAACUCCCUGAUUUCCUUGUACACUAAGUUCAGCUUGCUUGAUGACGCCGUGCGAAUUUUUGGGUCCAUGGAGGUGCGGACAAUAGUGUCGUGGAAUUCACUGAUUGAUGCUUACAUGAAGCUUGGCUACAUGGAGCAAGCUGCUUCUCUCUUUCAAAGUGUACCUGAGACAAAUGUCAUCUCAUGGACUGCAAUGAUUGGAGGCCUUGCAAGGAACGGCUGUGCUGAUGAAGCCCUCACGCUAUUUGUCGAGAUGUUGGCACAUGAUCAUAUUCAUCCAGACGACUUCACAUUUGGGGCUGUGCUUCACGCUUGUGCUACUUCUGUGUCUCUUGCAAGUGGAAGGACGGUCCAUUGUAGAGUGUUCCAAACUGGGUUUGCAUCCUACCUGUAUGUAGCCAACAGCUUGAUGGACAUGUAUGCCAAGUGCGGGGAUGUGGAGAGUGCAAGCAAUGUCUUCAAUGGCAUCUUUGGCAAGGACCUGAUCUCAUGGAACACGAUGUUGUUCGGAUUCGCAAUAAAUGGAUGGGCCAACGAAGCACUCAUGGUGUAUAAAAGCAUGAAAUCCCAUGAAGUCUGCCCCGAUGAGGUGACAUUUUCAGGCUUGCUCACAGCCUGUAGCCACUCUGGCCUUCUGGAGCAAGGGAAAAUGUUCUUCGAGUCGAUGGUGUCUGUUCAUGGAAUUCAACCAAAGCCAGAGCAUCUGUCUUGCAUUCUUGACAUGUAUGCAAGAUCAGGAAACAUUUCAAAGGCUAUUGAGAUACUGAAUCAUUGUUCAGAAACGGUUCAGACACGCAGCAGCGACAUACAUGAAGCUCUGCUUAGCGCAUGCUCGUCGGAGCACUUGAAUGCCAGUGUUGCAAGGAAGGUGGUGAAAGACAUGGUGAGGACCGAACCUGCAAGAGAUGCAGGCUAUAUCAUGCUGUCCAACUUGUUCUGCGCCAGUGGGCAAUGGAGCGAGGCCGAGAGGGUGAGAAGAGCAAUGGCUGAGCACGGCGUCAAGAAGUCCCCUGGUUGCAGCUGGAUCGAGGUGAAAGGUGCUGUUAGGGUAUUUCUAUCAGGUGCGCAAGAUCCUGAUCAUGCAGGUUUUGGAUGCGAUGUUCUUCGCUUAUUAGAUUGGGAGAUGAGAAACAUCACGCAUUGUGACGUGCAGUCAUCAUAGAGGUCACCAUCGAGAUUGCUGUUGUAUUCCAGAAAGGACGUCGCUUGUUUCCUUCUACAGUCCACGGCAAAGAAGUUCGCCUGACUCGCGGAUUGCCCUGUCAUCACUUUGUGCAAAAUAAAGUCCUGCUGUGUCUGGGUUGAAAGAAA